AUGAAACACAAAGUGCUGCCAGUGAAGUGUAAAGAUGAGGCAAGAGCCCUCAAUGGACAGCAGCAUCACAAUCACACAGUGAAGGGCAGACGUCGCCUCGGUCGUGUGACUCUGUGUCUGAACAUUUACAUGUAUAGCAUGUCCAAUGGGAUUUGUGAGGGUCGAAGAGUGGGCGGGACUUCAGCCAUUUGCGUCCGCGGACGUUGUUGUUGGAAGAGAAGUCGAUUCAAGAAGCCAUUACGCUGCGCAACUGUGUCAGGACAAAAACGUACAAUUUCUACGUAUUCUACGCAAUUUUAUAUCACCCCCCCCAACCUAAAAAAAACAAAAAAAAACAUUACAUCACAUCACAAAAAAAAGAGAAAAACUAAUUUCUCCGAAAGGGAGGUGGAGAUCAUCGUGGAGGAGAUGGAGAAACAAAAGCACAUUUUGGUGAAUCAUUUUAACGCGGGCGUCACGCACAUCGCCAAGAAUAGCGCGUGGGUGGAGAUCCUGAAGCGCGUGAACGCCGUGAGCACCUGCCAGCGCGAGCUCGCGGAGGUCAAGAAGAAAUGGUCCGAUCUCAAGACGGAGGUGCGGCGCAAAGUGGCGCAGGCACGGGCGGCCAUGGAGGGCACGGGAGACUGCAGCAGCGUGCCGGUCAUCCUGAGCUCCAUGCAGCAGCGCAUCUGCAAUCUUCUGGGAGAAGCCACCAUCAUCAGCCUUCCUGCGGCGGAGAUCACGGUGCCCAUCAGCUCCGCCGCCGCCGCCGCGUUAACGCAGAGCAUUCAGCCAGCAGCCGCAGCAGCGUGUGAGAUAAAAACUCUUGAAGCCGAGACGACGUACCACACGCUGGAGGAGGGCAUGGUGGAGUACUGCACCACCGAGACGCCGGUGACCGUCACCACAGAGGCUCCGGUGGAGAUGCUGGCGCAGGCCGAGUGCAAACCACAGGAACUGAAGAGCCGCAUCGCGCUCAACUCGGCCAAACUGCUGCAGGAGCACCGCCUCACCAACCUGCACGUGCGCGAGAUCGCCCAGCACCUGGAGAACCAGAGCGACCUGCUGCAGAUGAUCCGCCGCUCGCAGGAGGCCCAGGCCUGCGCGCAGGAGAGACAAGCCCAGGCUCUGGAGGGGACGCAGGCCGCCCUGCUCGCCCUCAUCCAGAUGUUCAGACCCGCUCUGAAGGACUUGAGGAAGUUUCUGCAGAGCGCCAACAGCGCAAACACUGCUCCGCCGGCUGCCGCAGAGACCGGAGAAGGAGCGCCGCAGACAGAAGACGCACAAUAGAGACCUGCGUGUGUGUGUGUGUGACGUCUGGUCUAGAAUAGACUGUAAAUUAUUGUACAGCACGGUGCCUCAAAUAGUUUGUGCUUAUAUGUGUGUGAAUGCUUCAGGGAUGCAGUGAAAUGAGGACUUUUAUGAGCGUUUUAAAGAAGUGGCCAAAAUACUGAACAAAAGACCUUUUUUGCUUUUGACAAUUUGAAGAUACUGUUAAGUCUUUUCAGUUUAAGUUGCUAAAAAACAUUUAAUUUAAUUUUUGGUGUGCAACUGACCCUAAAACAAACAUUCAGAGACCUACAGAAAACACAGUUUCAUGAGGAGAAGCCAGCGGUUCCAGCGACGGAAGGAAGACUUUGUGGAGGCUUUUGUUUCUUUAGCUUUUGAGAAUUUGCCAUUUUUAUUUAAGUAUGCUAAAUAAAGAAACUCUCCCCACAGG